GAGGGUCACGUGAUCCCUUUCAAAGAUGGCCGCCCUGUUGUUUUGAUGAAUAAUACUUGGUGGGGCGAGGGGGUAAGAGUAGGGUUGGAGGGGUAGGAGGAUUCACUCUCCCAGCGAGGGCUUCGCCAGUCCCGUCCUUCCCCUCCCCCUACCAGGGUUCUUGCGUGGAGGCGGGGCGAGCCUGGCCUGCUUUUAGAGGGGAGGGGCUUCCCGGUCCUACGCUGGGCUCCGGCUGGGCUGCCGUAGGGUCGCGGCGCCUCGGGGGCAUCCAGUGUGCAGCGGAGCCGUUCCCGCCAGGGGCCAGGGGUGGGACCCGGAGCAGGGUCUGCGGGAGAGAAACGCAGCUGCCGCGUCACCGCCACGAAUACACGGCGCGCAGCGGGCACGAGCCGAGCUGGAGACCGCGCCGCCCGCUCUGGGUAACCUGGGAAGCUAGGGGAGUCUGUGGAGCCUGGAGAGGACCCCGUAGCUGCGGCCGUGGCCAGAGGAGGCGGCUCAGGGCGCUUGCAGCUGGAGGAGGUUGGGGCGAUCCGAGCGACCGGAGCCAAGGCGAUUCAGUGCCUCGUGUUCUUAGUUUUUAACCUCUGACUAUGCAAUUCUGAAACCUCCCCCAUUGGGGGGAACCAGACAGCCCGCUAGAUACCUUCCCGUCUCCUUUGCUCCCGCCCUGAUCUCAAGAACUGAGGAUCUCUUCCCUAACGCCUUUCACCAUUAAGAGGAAAGCGAUGGAGGAGCUGAGCGCUGACGAGAUUCGCCGGAGGCGCCUGGCCCGACUUGCUGGUGGACAGACCUCCCAACCGAGCACCCCGCUGACGUCUCCCCAGAGGGAGAACCCUCCGGGACCUCCAAUACCUGCAUCAGCCCCAGGCCCCUCCCAGAGUCUUGGUCUCAAUGUCCACAACAUGACCCCAGCUACCUCCCCCAUAGGUGCAGCAGGAGUUGCCCAUCGGAGCCAGAGCAGCGAAGGAGUCAGCUCUCUGAGCAGCUCACCGUCCAACAGCCUUGAGACGCAGUCUCAAUCCCUCUCCCGUUCCCAGAGCAUGGAUAUCGACGGCGUCUCCUGUGAGAAAAGCAUGUCCCAGGUGGAUGUGGAUUCGGGGAUUGAAAACAUGGAAGUGGACGAGAACGACCGAAGGGAGAAGAGGAGCCUGGGUGAAAAGGAGACUUCUUCAGGUCCUGAAGUGUCCGAAGAGCAGGCCUUACAGCUGGUCUGUAAGAUCUUCCGCGUCUCCUGGAAGGACCGGGACAGAGAUGUCAUCUUUCUUUCUUCUCUUUCUGCGCAGUUUAAACAGAACCCGAAAGAAGUGUUCUCUGAUUUUAAGGAUCUGAUUGGCCAGAUUUUAAUGGAAGUGCUGAUGAUGUCCACUCAGACACGAGAUGAAAAUCCGUUUGCCAGUCUGACAGCCACAUCCCAGCCUAUUGCCACGGCAGCUCGGUCACCUGACAGAAAUCUCAUGCUGAACACUGGCUCCAAUUCAGGAACAAGCCCCAUGUUCUGCAGCCUGGGCUCCUUCAGUGCCAGCUCGUUGUCUAGCCUCUAUGAGACUAGCCCUGCUCCUGCUGCCAGUUUCUGGAGCUUUGCACCAGGGCUGAGUCCUUCCUUGGCCUCACCUUCCCAUGCAGCCCCCCAGGUGGCUGUGCCUCCCGCAUCCCUCAGCCCUCACAGUGCAACUUCGGGAACUGUGGCUGGAAGCCAACCCUCAUCCCCGAGGUAUCGACCCUACACUCUCAUGCACCCAUGGGGUUCUUCACCUUGCCCCACCCCACGACCCUCAAUUCAGGCUAACUCCUCAGGCUUCCCUGCCCGCCCAAGUAGUCCCCGAGCAGUACCUGUCAGCUCCUACAGACAGAGACCCCGCAGCAGGGGCCCCGCCUUCCCACCCGGCUCGCCCAGUGCUGCCAGCAGACGUCCCUCCUCCCUGCGGACCUCUCCUAGUUUGGGAGCCUCUGGUGGAGCAAGUAACUGGGAUUCGUAUAGUGAUCAUUUCACCAUUGAAACCUGCAAGGAGACAGACAUGCUGAACUACCUCAUCGAGUGUUUUGACCGAGUUGGAAUAGAGGAAAAAAAAGCACCAAAGAUGUGCAGCCAGCCAGCAGUCAGCCAGCUUCUGAGCAACAUCCGCUCGCAGUGCAUCUCCCACACCGCGCUAGUGCUACAAGGUUCCCUCACACAGCCCAGGUCCUUGCAGCAGCCGUCCUUCCUUGUGCCGUACAUGCUGUGCAGAAACCUCCCGUAUGGCUUCAUUCAGGAGCUGGUGAGGACCACUCACCAGGAUGAAGAGGUGUUCAAGCAGAUCUUUAUCCCUGUUUUACAAGGCCUGGCUCUGGCUGCCAAGGAGUGCUCUCUCGACAGUGACUACUUCAAAUACCCCCUCAUGGCACUAGGUGAACUCUGUGAAACCAAGUUUGGGAAGACACACCCUGUGUGCAGUUUGGUCGCCUCUUUGCCCCUGUGGUUGCCGAAGUCCUUAAGCCCUGGUUCUGGGCGGGAGCUGCAGAGACUCUCCUACUUAGGGGCCUUCUUUAGCUUCUCAGUCUUUGCGGAGGAUGAUGCAAAGGUGGUUGAGAAAUACUUCUCAGGGCCCACCAUUACCCUGGAGAACACCCGUGUCGUCAGCCAAUCACUACAGCAUUACCUGGAGGUGGGACGGCAAGAGCUUUUCAAGAUUCUGCAUAGUGUGUUGUUAAACGGCGAAACUCGUGAGGCAGCUCUCAGUUACAUGGCGGCCAUUGUCAAUGCUAACAUGAAGAAAGCCCAGAUGCAGGCAGAUGAUCGGUUGGUGUCCACAGAUGGCUUUAUGCUGAAUCUCCUUUGGGUCCUGCAGCAGCUAAGUACAAAGAUCAAGUUAGAAACAGUCGACCCCACUUACAUAUUCCACCCGAAAUGUCGGAUUACUCUCCCGAACGAUGAGACACGGAUAAAUGCAACGAUGGAGGAUGUGAAUGAGUGGCUGGCCGAGCUCUAUGGAGAUCAGCCUCCAUUUUCUGAGCCAAAAUUCCCUACGGAAUGUUUCUUUCUCACCCUGCACGCUCACCACCUCUCUAUUCUGCCUAGUUGUCGUCGCUACAUCCGCAGACUACGAGCCAUCCGAGAGCUCAACAGAACUGUGGAAGAUUUGAAAAGUAACGAAAGCCAGUGGAAAGAUUCCCCACUGGCCCCCAGACACCGAGAAAUGCUGAAACGCUGUAAAACUCAGCUUAAGAAACUGGUACGGUGCAAGGCCUGUGCUGACGCUGGCUUACUUGACGAGAGCUUCCUGAGAAGAUGUCUGAAUUUUUAUGGCCUUCUCAUUCAGCUGAUGCUGCGCAUCCUGGACCCUGCGUAUCCCGACGUAACACUGCCUUUAAGUUCAGAUGUCCCCAAGGCAUUUGCAGCAUUGCCUGAGUUUUAUGUAGAAGAUGUUGCUGAAUUUUUAUUUUUUAUUGUACAAUACUCGCCCCAGGUGCUGUAUGAGCCCUGCACUCAGGACAUUGUGAUGUUCCUUGUCGUGAUGCUGUGCAACCAGAACUACAUCCGCAACCCAUACCUAGUGGCCAAACUGGUGGAGGUCAUGUUUAUGACCAACCCCUCUGUCCAGCCUCGAACUCAGAAGUUUUUUGAGAUGAUUGAGAACCAUCCUCUCUCUACCAAAUUGCUGGUACCUUCCCUCAUGAAAUUUUAUACAGAUGUCGAGCAUACCGGAGCCACCAGCGAGUUCUAUGACAAGUUCACGAUUCGCUAUCACAUUAGCACUAUUUUUAAGAGCCUUUGGCAAAACAUAGCUCACCAUGGCACCUUCAUGGAGGAGUUCAAUUCUGGAAAGCAGUUCGUUCGCUACAUCAAUAUGCUGAUAAAUGACACGACCUUUCUGCUGGACGAGAGUCUGGAGUCACUGAAGCGGAUUCAUGAAGUGCAAGAGGAAAUGAAGAACAAAGAGCAGUGGGACCAGUUGCCUCGGGAUCAGCAGCAGGCCCGGCAAUCUCAGCUUGCUCAGGAUGAGCGCGUUUCACGUUCUUAUCUUGCGCUGGCAACUGAAACCGUGGACAUGUUCCAUCUCCUCACCAAGCAAGUCCAGAAGCCGUUCCUCAGACCAGAACUUGGACCCCGAUUAGCAGCCAUGCUGAACUUUAACCUCCAGCAGCUGUGUGGCCCUAAGUGCCGGGACCUGAAAGUUGAAAACCCAGAGAAGUACGGUUUUGAGCCAAAGAAGCUGUUGGACCAACUGACGGAUAUUUACUUGCAGCUGGACUGUGCUCGCUUUGCUAAAGCCAUUGCUGAUGACCAGAGGUCCUACAGCAAGGAGCUGUUUGAAGAAGUCAUUUCAAAGAUGCGGAAGGCAGGAAUCAAAUCCACCAUUGCAAUAGAGAAGUUUAAGCUUCUUGCUGAGAAAGUGGAGGAAAUAGUGGCCAAGAACGCACGGGCAGAAAUUGACUACAGCGACGCGCCGGAUGAGUUCAGAGACCCUCUGAUGGACACCCUGAUGACCGACCCUGUGAGGCUGCCCUCUGGCACCAUAAUGGACCGCUCCAUCAUCCUGCGGCAUCUUCUGAACUCCCCCACUGACCCCUUCAACCGCCAGAUGCUGACGGAGAGCAUGCUGGAACCAGUGCCAGAGCUGAAGGAGCAGAUUCAAGCCUGGAUGAGAGAGAAGCAGAGCAGUGACCACUAAGCCGUCCCUGUCGCACUUCUCUGCUGGAAACAGCCACGCCAGCCAGCCAGGCCGAAGCAGCAUCCACCUCAAAGCUGCUGCUCAACCCUGCAGCCAGAUGUGGCCAGCUCCUGAGAGCCCACCCCGAGUGACCAAACAGUGGAGAUCUGAGAGACAUGAUGAGAAGAGGAGCCCGAUUCCUGUACAUAUAUUUAAGUGACAAACGUCAAAAGCUUGAGGGACGAGUUUUACGAUUGCCUGUGUAGUAAAGCGCGUCCUUCGCCUGUCACGACCUGGGGCUGUGGCGACGGAAGUCUAGUGAUGGCGAGCGGGUCUGGGCAGCAUCCCCUGAGCUUUCGUUUUGUUUUGUUUUUUUCGAUGUGACUAGAGAACUCGGACAUUUUGCUGCUAAAGAAUCUCCCCCUUCCUCACCCUCCUUGCGCUGUGGGUUUUUUAAAGAGAAACAAAACCAGACUCCUUUCCCAGCCUCCAAAAACGUAUUCUGUGAGAUACCUGUGCCUGCGACAAGUGUUAAUCUUGGGAUCGUAUUUUUAUAUCAUAUUCACAUACUUGUUUUUUUAAUUGGUGUUAGAUGACAUGAUUAAUAAAAACGGCAAGAUAUUUUCAGAAUUUGAAUUUCAGUUUUUUUUCCCUUUUGAAAUAGCCCUUUUACAUUUUUUUUUUAUUAUUAUAAACAAAAUGAAGAGAGCCCUGUUGCCCUGGCCCUUCUACCAAGCCCUCGAUUAAGAUUCUGAGGAACAGGUGCAGCAUCGGGAUGGCUGAAGUGGAUCAGGACUUGUGUGACUUGUGGGGUUUGGGGAGAUGAGGGUUGUGUUUUUGUUUUUGUUUUUUUAAUCCAAUGUGACAAUUCCAAACCUAUUGCCAUUAUCCUCUGGGAAUCAAUAGAUUCCUCAACCCUGGGUUUAUUUGUAUGCUGUGUCCUUUUGGUGUUUGGCCUUACCAAAGCAAAAACAAAAAACAAACAAAAAAAAUAGAGGGUAGAAGAAAUGUGGAAAUCUGUCUGCUUGUUUCCAUGCUCGGACAAACGCCACCACGCUGGCGCACGCGAGCAGAAGCCCUUUGUAUUACCGCUCCCUACGCAACAUACUUGAAUUCUUGAACUUCCUGUGGGGUGAAAAAAGGAUUUGAAACCAUAAAGUGUUCUAAGAAAAUGAAAUCUUCAGAAGCAUAUUUUCUUUUCUUCCCCUUCUCCUCUUCUCCACAGACAAUGUGCUCUGUUCAGUUCCCAACACAAACUCCAAUAAACAGUGAUGCCCAUUCGGAAGGA